CAUCGCGGCUGUUCAUUCUAGUUGAUUCCGUUCUGUGUUAAUUCUCCUUCCUUGUAAUUGUAAGAUUUAAUUAAAUAUAUGUGAAGUCGUGAAUAAAUCCUUAUUAAACUAGUAAAUAAAAUAUCGAGCUGAAUAGGUAAUCUGCUCAUUAACUUUCGUCGUGUAAAGUAGCAAACGAUUUUAACGCACUUAAUCAACACAGAGAGUCUACAACGAUUGUCGAAAGUACUGACCUAAUAGAAUUCUAUGAGUAUUGAUAGGAGAAAAAGGCUUACUCCUGCACCAAAUAGAAACGAAAGCAAUGAUAAGUUUCGCUACACUCCAUUACCGUAUAGAUAGAGAUUAAAAUAAUUUAUACCAUAUAUUUAUUAUAUAAUGUAAAAUAGAACAUUAAUAUAAAGUAAGAAUCAAUGCUUUGGAUAGUUUAAUCAACUACUCUCAUUGAAAUCUGACAAAAACAAAGUAUUUUUAUACUUCAAAUAUUAAAUUUAAUACUUAAAUUAUACUUUUAACAAUAUAUAUAAUAAUAUAUAUCUAUAUGUAUUUUAUAAACAUAUGCAAAAGUAUAUAAAUCAACGAAGUAUUCUAAUUGACGCAAAUAUUUCGGACAUUGUUAAAACUUUUCGUUUUCAUAAAUAAUAUUCAAUUGAAUAUUCAAAAUAUAUAAGACAUCAGUUAAUUUGAAAGGAUUAUUUAGCUCCUCACGGAGAUAAGCUUAUUCUAAAUAAACUUUCAUCACAAAAUCAACAAUCAUGGAUGAUUCUCAGCCUAAAACCCUCUACGUUGGAAAUUUAGAUGCAUCGGUUUCAGAAGAAUUACUGAUUGCACUAUUUAGUUCAAUGGGACCAGUUAAAAACUGUAAAAUUAUACGUGAACCGGGAAAUGAUCCGUACGCUUUUAUUGAGUAUACAACUUAUCAAGCAGCGACAACUGCAUUGACAGCUAUGAAUAAACGUUUGUUUCUCGAUAAGGAAAUUAAGGUUAAUUGGGCCUCUAGUCCUGGCAAUCAGCCAAAAACAGAUAUAAGUUCUCAUCAUCAUAUAUUUGUUGGAGAUCUUAGUCCUGAAAUAGAAACUGAAACACUGAGGGAAGCUUUUGCACCAUUUGGCGAAAUUUCCAACUGUCGUAUUGUACGUGAUCCUCAGACAAUGAAAUCUCGUGGUUAUGCGUUUGUCUCAUUUGUAAAAAAGGCAGAAGCCGAAAAUGCAAUAACUGCUAUGAAUGGUCAGUGGAUUGGGUCUCGUUCGAUACGUACGAAUUGGUCAACACGUAAACUACCACCACCACGUGAAACUCCUAAACCAGGAAACAUGCAAGGUGGUAUAAAAUCUAACAAUCGACAGACCUUUGAGGAUGUGUUCAAUCAGUCAAGCCCCACAAACACAACUGUAUAUUGUGGCGGGUUUCCGCCUAACGUGAUAAGCGACGAAGUGAUACAAAAACAUUUUAUACAAUUUGGUCCAAUUCAAGAUGUACGCGUUUUCAAAGAUAAAGGAUAUGCUUUCAUUAAAUUUGUUCAAAAAGAAUCUGCUGCUCGUGCUAUAGAGCAUACACAAACAUCUGAAGUACUUGGAAGCCAAGUGAAAUGUUUUUGGGGAAAGGAAAACGGUGGAUACGCACCGCAACAAACAAUGGGAAAUACUGUAGUAGCAACACAUCCUUCCCCACCGGCACAAAUGACAAAUACACCAGUCACAGCUAAUACUACCCCGAACGGAAGUCCAUUUUGCCCGUCAACAUAUCAGCAACAAAUUGCUGCAGCAGCUGCUGCGGCUCAAUACCCUUACACAGCAGCAGCAUACCAACAAAUGGGAUACUGGUAUCAACCAGCGGGGUAUCCUGCAGCGCAAAUGCCUGCUCAGUAUAUGCAACAAGGAUAUUAUCCAUAUGCUGCCGCCGCGUACACUAGUGCUCAACAAGCUGGAGCUGCUGGUUACCGUAUGGUACAGCCAAAUGUUGCCUGGGGUGUACCUGGAGCAGUAGUACCAGGCGUAACUGCUGCCGCGGCUUCAGCAGCUGCUGCUGCAGCAGCUGCAAAUGGAUCUUUAGCUCCUCAAAUGAUGUAUAGCACAGCAAUGCCACAAUUUCAAACCCAAUGAAGUUGAGGCGCACGUUGUAAUUGUAUUAAACAUACAACAAAAAGGUGGAAAGAGCAGUAUAAAAGAGUACAUCCAAGACCUAACAACAACAAUGCGCCAAAUUAUUGAAAAUUGUUAUCACCAGCUCUUGAUAUUCCUGGGUUGUUCGCGAAUGAUAUAAAACCAAUAGCACGGACUUUAAAUAAGAUGUAUAACUCAAGAAAUUUGUAAUAUUCGCCAACAAUCUUUAAAAAAAUUCAACAAAAAAAAAAAAAUAUAAAAAAAAAACAAACAUAGAAUUAUUAGCUCGUUGUUAAAUAAAUUAUAUUAAAAAGAUAAGCAAAGAACCUUAAAUGUAUUUGAUUUGCAAAGUAAAAAUAUCCCAAAAAAUUUAACAAAAUUGGUAAGAGAAAUUCAAAAACAAAAAAUUAUUUUUCUAAUUUAUGUGUCGUAAGAUAAAACACCAACAAAACCGAAAUAAAUACAAAAACCAAGAAGUAAUAUAGCAUUUUUGGGGGGUAUAAAGAAGUCUAAUCUCUAAUGACCUAUGUUAAACAAUAAGUAAUAAUUAAAUUAACUUGAAAACUGUGAAUGAAGAUAUUCAAAGUUUAAAAUAAAAAUAUAAAUGACUUAAUAAAAAACUUUGUGUUUAAACGAGAAGAUUAAUAUGCUAACGAUUAGUUUAUACAUUA